AUGGCAGAACUGCAAAAGCGUCCUCGUGAAGGGGACGACCUUCCGACUUUUGACGACCCAGCGGACCUUGUAAAUGCAGUGAUUUCCACGCUACAAAUUCCGGAGGAGAGGACGAAUGUGGCUAACGAGUUUGCCAACGAUAAGAACUUGGCUACGGAAGUGCAGGCGUACGCCAAAAUAGCUGGCCGUGACUGGACUUAUUACGUUCGGACGCUAGCUGUGUCGAUAGGCAGAAACACCGAAAACAACCCCCCUAACGCGCCUGCAAGUCAACAAGUUGUGAACAUCGACUUGGGGCCCGCAAAAGUGGUGUCUCGACAGCACGCGGCGAUAAAGUAUAACAUGGACCUUAAAUGCUGGGAAUUAAAAGUGCUAGGUAGAAAUGGUGCUCGUAUCGAUGGCAACAAGGUGGCCGUAGGAGCAGAACACGCUACGCCUUUGCAUUCGGGAGCUAUUUUAGACAUCGGUGGCACUCAAAUGAUGUUCAUCUUACCUGAUGCGCCUCCCAGUAUUCUGCAAAAGAUGUUGAACGUGUGUUUGUCCCGCUACAAACAAGCGAGCCACAAAGUGCCCAAGAACGGCACCAAUCUUCCUCGUGUUCCUACGAUGCACCAGCCUCAAAACAACAUGAGACUGUUUUUGGGAGUGACUGGCUUCCAGAUGUUUGACAAGGCAAAUUUGGCAAACUCUCCCUCCUCUGUUUCUGCCGUCUCUUUGCAGAACAAUUUGGACCAGGACCUAUCUAAAGAAGAUGCUAAGGACAUAAAACCACCUUACUCCUAUGCCACAAUGAUUACUCAGGCUAUUCUCUCCAAUCCUGACGGUGUGAUGUCCUUAUCAGAAAUCUACAACUGGAUCUCUUCCCAUUAUGCAUACUACAAAUACUCUAAGGCAGGUUGGCAGAACUCCAUUAGGCACAACUUGUCUCUCAAUAAAGCUUUUGAAAAGGUUCCCAGAAGACCAAAUGAGCCAGGAAAAGGUAUGAAAUGGCAAAUAAGUGAGUCUUACAAGGAAGAUUUCAUGAAGAAAAUUCAAAACGGUACUUUGCUGAAGUCACGUCGUGGUUCUUCAGUAUCUCGUACACUCCAAAUACAUCUUGCUACGCAUCACAGUCUUCCAGAGUCCCAGAACUUCAACAGUGACAACAGGCAGAUGAUGAAUUUUCAGGGCAACGCUGCAGCUAGCGACCACAUGUAUCAGAAAGUAACUCAGCCCAUGCCGUACACGGGAAUACCUCCUAAUCAAAUGCAGCCUCAAAUGGGCUUUGCUGGACACGGAAUGAACGGAGUUUCGAUGCAACAAUUCAAUGGGCAUCCAGGGUUCUCUAACAAUUCUCAAAUGGCACAGCAACCUCCACUACAACAGCAUCAACCACCUCAGCAAUUGCAAUUCAUGCCUUCUCUAGGCGGAGAUAACAAAACACUCGCUUCUCCUCUUAAGCAAGGCACAAGAGCGGACUCCAACACACCAAAGCUCCCGAAGGUAUCUGGGAGCCACGUAUUCAACCUUCCACCUCCUACGCCUGGUAAUCAUCCUAAUAAUAAUUUUGCCUUCAGAACAAGUGAUCCAACCACCCGUGGAGCAGAUAACACCAAUGGAAGUGAAUUGGCAAACACUACUUCACAAACUAACAUGAGUGACAUGCCUAACUCAACUGCUCCUACUACCUCGAACACAUCCGACUUAGGUAUGGGGUACAACUCGCCAAAAAAGAUUACUCCAUUGGAAGCAUUCACUCCAGAGAGAGGUUCGAGAGCAUCCGGAACCAAGCUUGGUCUUCCAACCAAUGGAAACAAUACAAACCAAUCAUCUCCAGCCUUCUGGAACUUCGUGCAAUUCAGCACACCUAAUGGUCAGACACCAGGAAGGAAGAAUAGUGAGGAUGGUAAUGAAGAGGCAAGUCCGACACAUCUGAGGAGACCAACCACUAAUGCUAGUAACUAUCAGGAUGUUACAGAUUCAAAGGUGAAUGGACUGCCUGGAAAGGCGAUCACGCCCCCCAAAUAA